AUGAGCGCCAAAAAAACCAGAAGUAACAAAAAGCAAUUAAAUGUGUUGGUGAACUUUAUGUCGACUCACAACCAUCUUGCCACUGGUGAGUUCACAGGACCCUUAGGAGCUAAAAGGGCUGAAUCCGAGUGGCAAAUUCUCAGGGACAUACUAAAAAAGUAUGGGCCAGAUAGAACGGUUGAACAGUGGAAGCAGACUUGGAAAGAUUUAAAAAAGGGUGCGCGUAUCGAGAACGCGGCGGCAGCUCGUGGACGCAGCACUACGGGCAAUGUAGCAACAGUCCCGACUGUGUCUGAAAUGUUCACAAAGGUUUUAAACAUUAUUGGGCAUGAGUCCUCCACUGGUAUUGGGCCUGAAGAGUCUUCAAUAAGUCAGGCAAAUGUGUGUCCUUAUUUAGUUCUAAAAUUGUGCUUUGUGUAA